AUGUAUAUUCCGCCCCAGGUUCCCCCACAACCCGGAGCCUGGGCCGCCCGGGGCCCAGUGGGGCCGACUGAGACUCCGAGGGUUCCAUCUCAUUCGCCCGUCCACGCCGCUGCCGCUGCCGCCGACAUCCUCACCCGCGCCGCCGUCGGGGCCGUCAGUCUCAUCCAUGCUUCUUUUGCCGGCCAGCAGCACGAUCCUCCCACGACACUCACCCGCCGACAAUCGAACCCAAAUCAGACAAACGUCACAGUCGGCAUCGUCAUCGGCAUCGUCCUCGCCAUCUUCAUAAUCGGCGCCUGUACUUUCCUAUACAUCUAUCGAGGCGCCCUGAGGAAGCUCCAUAAACGCCGCCAACGUCGUCGCCGACGCCGCCACAAAGCUCUUCCGACACGGUUCCUCCUCCUGACGAUUCUCCGCCGGCCGCCGAGGAAGGGGGAGAUGCCCCUCCAGCCGAUGCCUGAAACCAGCUGUGCUUUGAGGCGCAACUCAAACCUGUUGGCCAAUCUUUCUCCGACUCCGGCCAAACGAACCUUUGGGUUUCUCUUGGUUUCUGAACAUUCCUCCAGGGGCGUCGGCGUUUCUCUUAUUUCAGGGCCACGGCCCACGGUACACAUCUCCUUUGCUACAACUCCUCGGCCUUUCGCUUUGACCACUUCUGACUUGGAGUUGAUAGACACAUGCAUCCUGUUCAAGCCUCUCAGGGCUGCAAGCAAACACUUCUUGAUCUGCGUGUAUCCCUUCUUCCUGUUGCGGCCAACUCUCACUACUGAUUCCAUCCUCACUUGUUUCCAUUUCUCAAGACAAGCACGGCCAGUGCUUACAUUUGAUGUUUCGGCCUUGCUCCCCCCCGGUCAAACAUCUUUUGAGUACAUUCUUCAUCAGAGACUUACCAUCACCGUUGAGAAUGUUCAUAAGAAGGACGAUCCAAUCUGUCACAUCCUGUCCCCCUGUAAAUCCAACCAUCUAUUCUGUAAAGCCGGAGCCACAGGGAGGUUUGAAUUUCGAGCCCACACGCUCAUAGAUGAGGCAAACGUUGCUCACCCCCUCUCUCGCCGCAACGUCGACCGCGGGGCCGUAGGGGGGAUAGUGGUCGGCUGCCUCAUCCUCGGCGUCCUCCUCCUAGCCGUCGCAGGCUCUUGCUUCCAGCACGACUGCGACUGCAGUUCCCGACCGCCCUCCUCGUCGGGAGCAGCAGGGCACAAAAUAAAGAAUCACCGUCUCGGGGGGGAGAACCAUUACCACGGCCGAUACCAACUUCCCUCGAAGCCAAGACACGUCCGCACACGUAAGCACCGCCGCAGAACAGGCACCAGACAAGAAAGAACAACAGUCCGAGUUCCCUUCCUCGACGUUCUGCCAGUGGACCAUCCCACACCCAGCACCAUCCCUUCCCGUCACCCAGAGAUCAUCGUCGUUAACGAACCGGAACCGUCCCUCGCCCACCCGCACCCGCUGGAAGAGACGAUUCACGUGCGGGAUUUCGCCGCAGAACCAACUAUCGGAGAAGAGACAUUACACGUGGACGACGUCGCUCCCACGGCAUCGGGCGGAUAUGUGCUCGUCGACGCGGUACAGCCGCCGGAGUUGAUGAUCCCCUGGCCUGCGCCAAAAGAGCACAGACCGAAGGUUAGACAGAAGAAAAAAGAUAGGGGUGGGGGUUGUUGCUUUGAGCUUUGCGAUCUUCUUUGCGGACCUAGCAAGAAGAAGAAGACCAAGAAAAAGAAGCGACGGAGUGUCAAAGAGAAGCUGGUUGAGGAGGACAGUAUGAGUGGGAGUCGGGAAUACUUUUCGUCAAUGGACCACGACAAGACAUAG